CCCUCCUGUUGCUCUGACUCUGAGAGGAACCCUUCCGUCAUGACUCAGCAGAAAUGAAACCGCUGAGUCAGACACGCCGCCCCCACAGGCCGGGCCCUGACUCCAGUCACAUUCCUGUGUCUCUGAGCUCCAGGAGGGAACCUCUCAGGUGGAACCACUCAUUUCUGCUCGGAGCUCCCUGAAGCCUUCCACACUUUAGGCUCCACAGUUGCACAUUCAACAAGUCUGGCACCUGAAAUAAACAAACAUGGCGCCUGAUGUAGAUACCACUUUACACAGGCAGGUGGCGACAUUUGAGGCUGUGUUCAGAUGAAACUUUGGAGUCAAUCAUCACCAUCAUCACCUUCAUCAUCACCAUCAUCAUCACCAUCGCCAUCAUCAUCAUCGCCAUCAUCAUCAUCACCAUCAUCAUCAUCAUCAUCACCAUCAUCAUCUUCAUCACCUUCAUCAUCAUCAUCAUCAUCAUCACCAUCAUCAUCAUCAUCAUCACCAUCAUCAUCUUCAUCACCUUCAUCAUCAUCAUCAUCACCAUCAUCAUCUUCAUCACCUUCAUCAUCAUCAUCAUCAUCACCAUCAUCACCAUCAUCAUCAUCAUCACCAUCAUCAUCACCAUCAUCAUCUUCAUCACCUUCAUCAUCAUCACCAUCAUCAUCAUCAUCGUCAUCAUCACCAUCAUCAUCAUCAUCACCAUCAUCAUCAUCUUCAUCAUCAUCAUCACCACCUUCAUCACCACCAUCACCACCAUCAUUGCAUCACCUUCAUCAUCAUCAUCACCUUCAUCAUCAUCUUCAUCAUCAUCAUCAUCAUCUUCAUCAUCUUCAUCACCAGGCUCUGACUCACCUGGGCGUCCAGUGCAGCAGCAGGAGGGUUGAAAGUCCUGACCCAGUGAAUGGUGGAUCAGCGAUGGGCCGUGACCCCGGGGCCCUCCCCAGGAGCCAGGACUCCUGUGUGAGGAGCUCAGAACGUCUCCUGCACUUGAGCUGGGACAGAAGUGGGAUUAGUGGGACGACGGUCCAGACGGUGAUGGAUGAGUUAUUUGUUUCUGAAGUGGCUCAGGAAGCAGCGGCCUCUGGAGCAAUGAAUAACAAUGAAGAGGAGGUGCAGAUGAAAGGAGACGCCAGGCUCAGUCAGGCGAGCGUGACAUUGAAUUGUUAUCAGCAUUUACGGCGCGCACCUCGGUGUCCUGGGGCCGCCUCACCUCACCUUCCGCUGCAGAGGAGCCUCGCUGCUCAGCCACGUCUUCUCUGAGGCUUUUGUUCUGAAACCAAACGCUCCACCUCACAACUUCCUGUCAGAGUUCAGCUAUUGCUUUGAAGUAGCAGCAGAUGAUCUGGAGACUGGCUCCAGGAGGCGAUGGUCCACAGCUCUGGAGCACAGGGGCCAGGCUCCAGCUGAUCAGGAGUGAAAGCAGCUCCUCAACAUCAGCCAGCUCAGUAGCUCCCUUCAGAUGGCAGCUCUUCUAGUUGCUCUUCCUUCCAUGGUGUGGAUGCAGCUGGGCGCACGCUGGUCUGAAGCAGCGGAGGAAACACGCGGUGGAACAGCGCAGUGAGCGCUUCAUCUCAUUGCUCUGAUGUCACCAGGACGCCUCAUGUCUGGACGGCCAGAAGCUCCAGAGUCUGGGAACUGCAGUGAUUCAUAUUCAGUUCAGGGUGGAUUUUUGUUGCGCAGCCUAGAUGUUUCUGUGCUGAGAACGUGUCAGCUGUGCACAGGGCGCAGUCACCACCAUCAUCAUCCUCUUCCUCCUCCUCCUCAUCAUCAUCAUCAUCCUCCUCUUCUCUCCUCUCCUCCUCCUCCUCCUCAUCAUCAUCCUCAUCCUCCUCCUCCUCCUCAUCAUCAUCAUCCUCAUCAUCAUCAUCAUCAUCAUCAUCAUCCUCCUCCUCUCCUCCUCCUCUCCUCCUCCUCCUCCUCCUCUCCUCCUCUUCCUCCUCCUCC